CAUUGACUUCUUCUUUUUCGACCUCGAUAGAGAACCAGAAAAAUCGUCAAUCAAAUUACAGAGUAAUCUAGCGAUUGUGAACGAAACGACAUGACGACCGCGGCUCGACCAACAUGGGCACCGGCUAAAGGAGGCAACGAACAGGGUGGGACCCGGAUUUUCGGGCCAUCUCAGAAAUACUCGUCGAGGGACCUUGCAGCUCAUACAAACUUAAAGCCCAGAAAAGAAGGACAAGACACUCAGAAUGAAUUGCAGAAGAGGAACCUUCGGGAUGAGCUAGAAGAGCGUGAACGGAGGCAUUUCUCAUCAAAGGAUAAGUCAUAUAUUGAUGACAGAGAUCGCAGGAAGAGUAGCCAUCUUCUGUUGGAAGGGAGUAAGAGGGAUAAUGAAGACCGUGUUAUUCCACGCAAUGUAGAUGCUGAUGAUUCUGAUGUGGAAGUAAAAAGUGAUGAUGAGAGUGAUGACGAUGACGACGACGACGAUGAUGAGGAUGACACUGAAGCUCUUUUGGCUGAGCUUGAACAAAUAAAGAAGGAAAGAGCAGAAGAAAAGCUUCGGAAGGAAAAACAGCAGUGGGAAGAAGAGGCUAAAGUCAAGGAAGCAGAGCUUCUUCGAGGAAAUCCAUUGCUGAAUAAUCCAACUUCGUUUAAUGUUAAAAGAAGGUGGGAUGAUGAUGUGGUCUUCAAGAACCAAGCUCGUGGUGAAACCAAGACUCCCAAGCGCUUCAUCAAUGACACUAUCAGAAAUGACUUCCAUCGGAAAUUCCUGCAAAAAUACAUGAAGUAACUCCACUAUUCAAGUAAAAUCUUGAGGUCGGCCGAAAAAACUUAUUUGAAGUCAUUGUUUGUGUUGUUAGUUGUUGACUGUGCUGGGUUGGAUUUUCAGAGUCAACAUGUAUUAAGAGUCUGUAUGAAUCUGGAAAGAGUUUUAUCACCCAAGUUUGGAUUAUUACUGGAAAACUGUUCUACUUCUGGAGAUAGUGUUCAGUUAACAAUUGUGCCUUCUCUUUCCUGAUACUUAACUUGGUGGAUGAUAUUUCCUUUAUGAAAUGUGAAGUUCCAUGAGUUAGUUUA